AUGCCUGUCGCACCAGCGUUCUCUGAACCACAUAUUCCGUGCUCUCCAUCUCUCUGUGUGCCAUUCUCCCUGUGCGCGGGGCGUGCGGGCGCGUGGCGGCACGGGCGUGCGUGGUGUGCGGGGGUGGGCAGGGAGCUGGCGGAGAAGCGCGAGGCGGAGGCGCCGCUGCUGGCAGAGGACGCACGGCGCCUCACCAACACAGCGGAGCGCAGUCUAGCGGAGUGCUUCAAGCUGUUCGCCGUGAUCCACAGCCUCACCACCGACCAUGCCACCAUCACCCGCAUCACACGCGAGGUGGUGGAGGACUUUGCGGGUGACAACGUGUGCUACCUGGAGCUGCGCACCACGCCCAAGAGCAACCCGAGUGCAGGCAUGACGAAGCAGUCGUACGUGCAGGCUGUGCUGGCAGGGCUGCACCCCUUCAUGCAAGCCGAGGCUGUGUGGCUCCAUGCGCGCACCGCACACCAAGCCCCCCCCAGCAGUGCAGUGCCCAUGGUGGUGCGCCUAGUGCUGUCCAUGGACCGCAGAGAGAGCACUCAGAGCGCCAUGGACACCGUGCAUCUGGCAGUGCAGCUGCGUGAUCAAGGAGUGGUGGGUAUCGACCUCUCUGGCAACCCCUCCAUCGGCCAAUGGUCCACGUUCCUCCCUGCGCUGCACCUCGCUCGCUCCCACGGCCUUCCCAUCACCGUCCACUUUGCAGAGGUGCCGAACGAGAGGGAGUCAGAGGCAGUGCUGGACUUCGCACCAGAGCGACUAGGCCAUGCGUGCUGCCUCCCCGACCACCUCCAACAAGCCCUGCUGCACUCUCGCAUCCCGUUGGAGCUAUGCCUCACUUCCAACGUGCGCACGGAGAGUGUCACGGCGUACGGCAACCACCACUUUGACUACCUAUACCGCGCAUCUCACCCCGUUGUCAUAUGCACUGACGAUUCGGGUGUCUUCAGCACCACACUCUCACGGGAAUAUGCACUCGCAGCAGCUGCAUUCA